GGUUAGCUAAAGAUACCUCUUCAUUUUGAUUUAGUCUGGUAGAGGUGUUUGUACGAAAAAGACCAUGGCUUUGUGGUCCCUUAUCGCGCUGUUAGCAUUAAGCCACACGAGCUCUGCCCUUUAUACCAAAUUCCCUGAAGGUUUCACUUUUGGGGUAGCAACGGCCGCACAUCAGAUUGAGGGGGCCUGGAAUGUUAGCGGUAAAUCUGAAAAUGUAUGGGAUCGUCUCACUCACACUCGCCCAGAAAUGAUUGCUGAUGGUACAAACGGAGAUAUAGCAUGUGACUCCUACAACCGAUACCGUGAAGAUGUUGAAGAAUUGGCUUACCUCGGCGUCGACUUCUACCGUUUCUCGUUAUCCUGGGCUCGAAUACUACCAACGGGUCAAGUGGACUACCUAAACCCAGACGGAGUUCGUUACUACAAUGAUUUGCUGGAUGCUCUUGAAGCGAAGAACAUCGAACCACUGGUUACCCUUUUCCACUGGGAUUUACCUCAAACAUUACAAGAUUUGGGAGGUUGGGCGAAUCCUAAAAUGAUCGAAUACUUCCGGGAUUACGCAGACAUAUGUUUCCGGGAAUUCGGUGACAGGAUUAAAUCCUGGAUUACCUUCAACGAACCUUACGAAAUUUGUGAAGACGCGUAUGGUGACGAGAAGAAGGCACCCGCAAUUGACAGUCAUGGAGUCGGAAACUACUUGUGCAGUGAUACUUUACUGAAAGCCCACGCUGAAGCCUAUCAUCUGUAUAACGACACAUACCGAUCAAAACAAAAUGGCAAAAUUAUGAUCUCCAUUAAUUCUAUUUGGUACGAGCCCAAAGAUCCAGAAAUUGCAGAACAAGUUACUUUAGCAGAAGUGGCAAAUCAAUUUAAAUUCGGUUGGUUCGCUCAUCCGAUAUUUACCGUGGAAGGUGGGUACCCAUCUGUUAUGAUUGAAAACGUAGCCCGCCAGAGCGAGGCUGAAGGCUAUCCACGAUCUCGCCUGAAUCAGUUUGAUGAAUAUUGGAUUCAAAGAAUUAAGGGUACAUCAGAUUUCCUUGGUAUCAAUCAUUACACAACACAUUUAAUAACUGGAGCUGGCGUAGAUUCCAUAGCGAAAUCUCCUUCUUGGCUGAAAGAUAUCGGAGCUAUAACCACAACAGAAGUCGGCGAGGAGUCUGCUUCCCAAUGGCUUAGGGUAGUACCAACUGGAUUUGCAAAUUUCCUUCGCUGGUGUAAAAGUUCAUACGACGAUCCACCAAUUUACAUAACUGAGAAUGGUGUAUCAGACCGCGGCACUUUAGAAGAUUAUAAGCGCAUCCAAUAUUAUAAUGAUUACCUCUCAGUAAUAUUGACUGUAAUCUAUGAGGACGGAGUUAAUGUUCUGGGUUAUACCGCUUGGACUUUGAUGGACAAUUUUGAAUGGCGAGCAGGAUUCUCGGAACGUUUUGGAUUUUACUACGUGGAUAUAAAUGAUCCCGCACGACCUCGGACACCUAAAUUGUCCGCAGAAUAUUAUCGUCAGCUGACAGCUACUAGGGAGCUGCCUCAAGACGAACGCUUUAAGGAUCCAGCAAAAGUACAAGAUGAACUCUAGUGAUGUGAUACAGAUUAUACGAAUAAAUGCUGUUUUAGACUCAAAUUAUACUAUGUUAUGUAUUCAAGGUGUGAAGUAAAUUAAAAUAUUAAAACAAGUAUGGAUUUAUUUAAUUGAUAUUAUUCAUAUAAGAAUAUCGAAUUAUUUACAAUGAGGAAAUUGUAAAAUAUUUGCUUUUGAUACACAUCUAUUUCUUUUGUUAUAACAUCAAUAUAAGUAAAGUUACAUACACUACAGAGAAAACUUGCUUCUGCUAUCAGACUGAAAAGAUAUGUUUGUAAUAAUAAAGGCUAUACUUAGAAAUAAACUAUAUAUUUUACACUUGAUAUAUUGUUCAGAAUAUUACUCUGCGACAAGCCACGUCACAGUCCGACCGAGAGGCGGUCGAGCACAGCGAACUGUUAGCAAAAUGGAAUGUUUCAUAAUAUAUUACAGCAACAUAUUAUGUAAAUAAGUAUAAUGCGGGCCUGUACUAUAUAAUUCAAUCGCAGUCACAAACAGCAUAUUUAAUAUCCUACUACAGUGCAUUAUUUAAAUCCGCUCAGAGGCUUCGUAAAUAUAAAACGUUUGAGAAUAAUUACCCGAACAAUAUGUAAAGCAUCGUAACUUAGGGAGCAUAAGAACUAUUACACGAAUACAAAUAAAGUAUAACGAAUGGACCUACAGAAUACAAAAUUAAAUGUAUCAAAACCCAGCACCUUUACCUCUAAUUACAAUAGUUAUACAGAUGCUUAUAUCUCUUAUUUUAUAUAAUUGAAAAUUACAUUAAAGUCUUAUAAGAAUAAUAGUAUUUUCCUAAUAUGGCAAAGUUUUCAAUGUAGCAUUUAAAAUAGUCCUAAUUUCAUUAUGAUAAGUCAAUAAAGAUUGUAGAAUUCAUCACACUCACAUAAGUAAAUAAAAACAUCUAAAGACUAGGUGGGCUAAAACACAAUUUUGAGAAGGUUUCGACAUACUGACAAAA